AUGGGCUUAAAGGGUACAGCACAGGCACAAUCCGUGUGCUGGCAGGCGGUUCUUCGAUGCCACCAGGAGCGUGAGUGUGAGCUUGCCUAUAACCAGUACCUGGCUGCGUGUGAUGGGAACAUCCAGGGCACUCGGCGGCGUUGUCCAAGCCACUGCAUCGGAGCGCUUAUCCGGUUAAACCGGACAUCCGGCGGCCCAGACCUCGAGACCUGUGACUGUGGGGUCGACGUAGACUGCAGACGCGCCAAGCAAGCCAUUGAACCGUGCCUACCCCGGGUGCAUGCUGGUGGGAUUGGGUGCACGGAAGCACGGCAGAGGUGCGAGGAGGACACCUUUUGUCGCACCGCACUGUCCACGUACCUGUCACACUGUGGCCAGCUGUUUAAUGGAAGGAAGUGCUCCGUGAGAUGCAGAGCCACCAUCGAGCAGCUCCGGAGGCUACCGGAUGGCACAAUGCUCGAGCGGUGCGUCUGCGAUGGUGUCGAGCGGCCCUUCUGUGAGGUGGUCAAGGACAACAUGAGCCGACUAUGCGCUCUCGGGGAUCACAGGGUGGCACCAGACCAGGAUGGCCCUGAUGAAUUGUACGAGGAUGAGGAUUAUGACUUGAAAACCGAAAGGGAAGUGGAUACUGUGGAAGCAGUGGUGUCAUUUGCACAUGACUGGCAUUCCUCGAGACAUCUGGUCUUGGUCUUGGGGGCAUUCACAUUGACCUUACUCAGAGUUUGACAGUUUACAUGGAUUUAUCAGUGUACCCCAGGUGACAUCCUACUCCCGUUUCUAUUCUCUGUGUAUUAUUAAAAUUAUAAGGAUUAAUGUUCUGUGGUUCAUUUUAAAAUGAUCAGCUCUACAGUGGACCACGUUAACUCUUUGUGGGGUCAUUUUCAGUUUAAAGUGAGAAAAAGUGUUUACUUGAGAGGAACAUUAUAGCUUUCAUGUCUUUAAUGGAAUGCAGUGUUUUUGUUAUUAUGAGGAAGAAAAUAUUAAGAUUUAUAAAUAUAAAUGCAUUUCAUUAAAUCUUCACCCGUUACAUUUAUGAUAUUGAAGUUCAUCUCCCAGGCUGUGGAACUACAUUAUAAAUGGCUGUUAUUUUCACCCCAGACCCUCAGAUUUCUCAGUACAGAGAUUUCUGUAUUUUAAGAGUUAUAAUGGGUGGUGAUAUUGGCCUGUGACCACGCAGCCCCAUGCACAGAAGGAUUUGAUGCGCUGUGUGUUGUGACACAUUCACCUCAUCAUCAGGAUUAAAAUGAUCUGCAAUUUUAGCCACAGUAGAUCUUCUGUUGGUCCGUACCUGCCGUCACAGCCUUUCAUAAGUCCUCUGACAUUUCUGAGUCUUUGCCACCCAUCAACCUGUCCACAGCUUGUCCAUCAUUGGACCACUAUUGGUGGGUACUCACCACGGCUGCCUGUGAGCCCCCUUAGCUGUUUGGAAGACACCACAACCCAGUCGUCUGGCCAUAAUGAUGCAGCCUUUAUCAAAGUCAUCAGGUCUUUAUGCUGAUCAGAUCUGCUGCAUUUAACACGUGAACUACAAGGAACUGCAACAAGCACCAUUGUUAUAAAAUAGGUGAUGUCAUGAGCAUUUUGGGGUGGUCCUAAUGUUUUGGGAUGUCAUGUUUGGGAUCUAUUAACAGGAAUGUUAUUUACAGGGGUGUCAUGACUAUAAAACGUGUAAAACUUCAGUAUUCAUGAUGACAGAAAGCAAUAAAGCACUUCCUUCCUCA